AGACCCCGCCUCUCGGGGCUUUCCGGGGCAUCUCGGCUCCCGGCGUGCAGUGCGCCCUACCCGGACUCCCAGAAGUUUGUGGACCGGGCUGCCCGGAAGGCGGAAGUGCGGAGGCUUCCGGUUAGCGUGGUUGUGAGUGCAGUCUCUGAGUUUCUCGCUUUCCAGGUAAAAUAUGGCUAAAAGCUUACGGAGUAAGUGGAAAAGGAAGAUGCGUGCAGAAAAGAGAAAAAAGAAUGCCCCAAGAGAACUCAGCAGACUUAAAAGUAUUCUUAAAGUAGAUAGUGAUGUUUUAAUGAAAGAUGUUCAAGAGAUAGCCACCGUAGUGGUACCCAAACAUUGUCAAGAGAAAACUCAAUGUGUGGUACAAGAUGAAAAAGAUGACAUGAAAAUGGAGACUGAAAUUAAGAGAAACAAGAAGAGUCUUCUAGACCAGCAUGGACAGUACCCCGUUUGGAUGAACCAGAGACAGAGGAAAAGGCUGAAGGCAAAGCGAGAAAAAGGGAAGGGGAAAAGCAAAGCAAAAGCAGCAAAGGCAGCGAAGGGCUUGGCCUGGUAGACUCUUACUAAAAACUUGAAAACUCCUACAUGGGACAGGUCUUUGGUUAGAAUGUAUACGUGGAUUUCAGCUUCCACCAAAUGAAAACUUUGUUUCCAGAUUUAACUUGGUCUUGUUCUUCAAUUCAAACCCAACUUAACUCCUCAACUUUGUUUUGGGAGCUUGAAUAAAAUAUUUUCUUUGAUGAAAGAAAGCUACACUGGUACUUUAAUUGGAUGCUGUCCAGUAUACAGGGAUUCUCAGACAUCACAAUUCUGUCAACUGUUAACUGUGGUGGUAACUGGGCUUUGUAAAGAUUAAAAAAAAAAAAAAAAGAUACACUGACAAGUUUGAGCUGAUUCAGGUUUAAAGAAAACUUUUAUAUAAAAUAUAAUGUCAGUGGAUCUUAUAAGCAGUACUUGUUUGGUGUUUUAAUUUUGUUUAAUUGAGAAUAAAAGAUAUUUUGUCAAGAU